CUCCUAUGACUCUCCACAAGCUAAUGGUGAAAGCAUGUGAAGUGCUGCUAUAGGUAGAGAGUUUUGCUUUUUACCAUCUAUAGCCCAUUUCGAUGGCCAAAUGACGCUUUUGUCCACGUCUCUUAUUUCCACUGAACAAACUAAAGCACAUGCGAGCUAAAAGCUUAAUUUUUCAUUUUGGUAACUCGUCGCUUUUAAAAUAUUUACUUGUUUUAUUCGUCUCUUUAAUCAGACGUGGCUUUCGGAAUCAUCUGUCACAGUCGGUGACUUGUAUAUUAAAGAUGGCAACUUAUCAAACAUAUCAAGAUUUUAUUCAACAAAAUGAAGAUAGAGAUGGUACUCGUUUUACUUGGAAUGUGUGGCCAUCUAGCAGACUUGAAGCCACUCGUCUGGUUGUACCUCUUUCCUGUUUGUUUACGCCAUUGAAGGAGAGACCAGAUCUCCCAUUUAUUCAAUAUGAACCAGUUGUAUGUAGCAGACAAACAUGUAGAGCUGUAUUAAAUCCUUUAUGCCAAGUUGAUUACAGAGCAAAACUGUGGGUGUGUAAUUUCUGUUUCCAGAGAAAUCAAUUUCCUCCUCAGUAUGCAUCAAUUUCAGAACAUCACCAACCAGCUGAAUUGAUUCCCCAGUUUUCGACAAUAGAAUACACAAUAACUAGACAGCCUUGCUUGCCUCCAAUCUUUCUCUAUGUGGUAGAUACUUGCAUUGAUGAAGAAGAGCUAGUAGAAUUAAAAGAAUCUUUGCAAAUGUCCUUAUCUCUAUUGCCACCAAAUGCCCUUAUUGGUCUGAUAACAUUUGGGAGAAUGGUACAAGUUCAUGAAUUAGGAUGCGAAGGCAUUUCAAAAAGUUACGUCUUUCGUGGUACUAAGGAUUUAGUUGGCAAGCAAAUACAGGAUAUGUUAGGCAUUGGGAAACAUCCUCAAGCUCAACAUCCUACAAUGCCUCAGCAGCAAAGGCCAGGACCAGCUGCUGCUGCGGUCCCUCCUGCAAAUCGAUUCUUACAACCUGUUCAUAAAUGUGAUAUGAGUUUGACAGAUUUACUUGAAGAAUUGCAGAGAGAUCCGUGGCCUGUAUCUCAGGGCAAACGACCUCUCAGGUCAACUGGUGUAGCUCUUUCGAUUGCUGUUGGACUUCUAGAGUGCACUUAUCCAACUACUGGGGCUCGAAUAAUGCUAUUUGUUGGUGGCCCAUGUACUCAAGGUCCAGGUGCUGUGGUUGGUGAUGAAUUAAAAUCUACUAUACGCUCUCAUCACGAUAUUGACAAAGAUAAUGCUAAACAUAUGAAGAAAGCUAUUAAGGUGUAUGAGAAUUUAGCUGCUCGUGCUGCUGCCAAUGGUCACAUUAUUGACAUCUAUUCAUGUGCUCUUGAUCAAACAGGUCUUCAUGAGAUGAAAUAUUGCCCUAACUUUACUGGAGGUCAUAUUGUUAUGGGUGAUUCUUUCAACUCUUCCCUAUUCAAGCAAACAUUUCAACGGGUUUUUACAAAAGAUCCAAAAGGUGAAUUCAAAAUGGGAUUUGGCGCUUCCUUAGAAGUAAAAACAUCUCGGGAGCUUAAGGUCUCUGGUGCUAUAGGCUCUUGUGUUUCUUUGCAUAGUAAAAGUAACAGUGUUUCCGAUACGGAAGUUGGAAUUGGUGGUACCUCACAGUGGAAGUUCUGCGGUAUCAGUCCUGGAAAUACUGUUGGAAUCUUUUUUGAAAUUGUCAAUCAGUGUCAAAAGUUUGGAGAAUUCAACAAAGACGAUCCUGCAUCUUUCCGUUUCUCUGAGAAUUUCUCCCUCUAUCCUCAGUUUAUGUUCCAUCUAAGAAGGUCUCAGUUCUUGCAAGUAUUUAACAAUAGUCCGGAUGAAACAUCUUAUUACAGGCACAUGUUGCUGAAAGAAGAUUUGACAAAUUCAUUGAUAAUGAUUCAACCAAUAGUUUAUGCAUAUUCCUUUAAUGGACCACCAGAACCUGUGCUAUUGGAUACCAGCAGUAUACAACCAGAUCGCAUUCUUUUGAUGGAUACUUUCUUCCACAUUGUUAUAUUUCAUGGAGAGACAAUAGCUCAGUGGAGGAAAGCUGGUUAUCAAAACUCUGCAGAGCAUGAAAAUUUCCGUCAGCUGCUGCAGGCACCCAUUGAUGAUGCUCAGGAAAUUCUUCAGACUAGAUUCCCUAUGCCACGUUACAUUGAUUGCGACCAGGGUGGCUCUCAGGCUCGAUUCUUGCUUUCAAAAGUGAAUCCAUCAAUGACUCACAACAACAUGUACAGUUGGGGAGGACAGACGCCUGCUAACCCAACGCAGGAUGGUGCGGGCGCUCCUGUUCUAACUGAUGAUGUCAGUCUUCAAGUAUUUAUGGACCAUUUGAAAAAACUGGCCGUGUCUAGCUCAUCGUGAGGGACAUUAAAAUAUACCUAUAUGAAUGGAUGGAUGUAUAGUUGUUAUGUCUAUUUUGAAGAAUGUGAAUGUCUAUGAAUGUUAGACUUAAAAUCUGAAGCUUUGCACUUAGAGGAACAUUUUUGGGAAUUUCAUCAAAAUUAGUCACUGGCUAUUAAAGACUCAUUUGAAUUUUUGAUGAAUUGUUGAAUUAUAAUAAAUUGCCUCAUUAAAUUUCUAUAUUUUAUUUAUUCAAUUUUAUUUUCACUCUAUCGUUUUUAAAAUAAAAAGUUGAUAUUUAACUUCCAAUUAUUUGAAGUGUAAUAUUUGCUUGUUAUGUUUUUUAUGAUAGAAGAGGAUAUCAAAUGUUUAACAUUUUAAAUAGAUAUUGAUUUUGCAUUUUUUGUUCAAAAUUUUUAUAUCGAGUUAAUUGCAUUGGCAUAAAUGUUUGAAAUUGGAAACUAUAAUAGGAAAGAAACUUUAUAGGGGUGAAAUGUUUAUGAAACUGAUGUAAUUGAAAUGAUGUUUAAUUGUUUUAUUCAUAAUAAAGUUAUUACAAUUUUUA